AUGGAAGCUGCCGUUUAUGUGGAAACUUACAUCAAAUGGUCGAAACUUUACAGAGGAAUAUUGCUUCUCAUUCCAGAAAUGAGCACUCACGUGCUUUACAUUACUGAAGGGGACAGGUGCUGCAGCUUCACAAGUGGCGUAGUGUCAAAGGCAGCAUUUGGGAAAAAAUGCAAAGACCAAAAGGAGUUCCUUUCGCUACUAGACGAAAUACUCAAACUUGAUAGUGGGUUUGAUAUUCCUGAUUUGUUUCCUGCUCUCAAAGACAUAAAAAGCAAGCUCAAUACGAUUCUCGAACGUAUCAUCAACGAUCAUAAAAUCAAAAGCAAUGACAAAGCAGUGGAGGAGGAAAAUUUUGUUGACGUACUUCUAAAACUUAAAGAGUCCAACUUGGUGGAGUUCAAUUUCAUAACCAAUCAUAUCACAGAUAGGAUUAUGGACAUGUUCUCUGCAGGAAGCGAGACUUCAGCUACUACCUUAGAAUGGGCAAUGUCAGAGUUGAUGAGAAACCCAAGAAUCAUGAAGAGGGCUCAAGCUGAAGUGAGACAGUCAGUCCUCCAAUUUGAAGGGAAAAAAAGAAAAGUUAUUGAAGGAGGAGAUGUUCAAAAAAUGGACUACUUGAAAUCGGUGUUGAAAGAAACUCUGAGGUUACACUCUCCAGCCCCUUUGCUCCCAAGAGAAGCAAGGGACACGGUUCAAAUAGGCGGAUUCGAAGUACAAGUUAAAUCAAAGGUAAUUAUUAAUGCAUGGGCAAUAGGAAGAGACCCAGAGAUAUGGGGGGCAGAUGCUGAGUGUUUUAAGCCAGAGAGAUUUCAUGGUUCUUCUGUUGACUUUAAGGGCUUUGACUUUGAGUUCACUCCAUUUGGGGCUGGCAGAAGAAUGUGUCCAGGCAUGUCAUUUGGUGUUACCAUGGUUGAACUUGCCCUUGCUGAAUUGCUCUACCGCCUCGAUUGAAAACUGGCGAAUGGGAUGAAUCCAGACGAACUUGACAUGACAGAGAGCUUUGGAGUGGCCUGUAAGAGGGAGAAUACGUUGUACCUAAUUGCCACCCCACAUUUUACUUCAGUCAAUGAGUCAGAGUGACUCGGCGUAUUGUUGCCAUGAAUGGCCAACAAAACCAGCACCAUUCUGG